CCACGCCUUCUCCUCCACCACCAGCGAGAGAUAACGCACCGGACGAACACCAUGCCGCCGUCGGUGCCGCCCACCGCCGCAGCCGCAGCCACCGCUUCCGCCGCGUUCCUCCGGCCGUCCGCAAGUGCGCCGCCUGCAGGCGCCUCCUCCGCUCUGCCCAACGCAGCCGCUGCGUGCCUCAGGCGCUCGGCGCGGGCUUCGCGCCGCCUGGCGGUGGCGCGUGCCGCGGCGUCGGGAGGAGUGGCCGCGGCGGACGGCGGCGCCGAGACGGUGUUCUUCGACGGCGGCGCGCACUACGGCGACUUGGCGGCAAACCUGCUCCUCGGGCUGACCCUGCUGUGGCUGCCGCUCACGCUGGCGGCGGUGUCCCGCGCCUUCAUCCUCCGGUACCGCUUCACCUCCCGCCGCGUGACCGUCAUCUCCGGGCUGUCCGGCGCCGACCGCACCGACUUCCCCUACUCGUCGGUGACGUCCGUGGUGGUGGUGCCGAGGUUCAUCGGCGAGUGGGGCGACAUCGUCAUCACCCUCAAGGACGGCACCAAGGUCGACCUGAGGAGCGUCCCGAGGUUCCGCGAGGUCGCCGACUACUGCCGCUCCAUGGCCGCCGCCGAGGGCUCCCUCGCCGGCAGCACGUGAGCUUAGCCUGUCCAUAGUUGGAGGCGAUGCCAUUUCUUUGCUCAAGUGUACGCUUCUUCUUCUUCUUCCUUUCGAUCUUGAUGAGUUCAAUUCUCGAA